AACUUCCUGCUUUUCUCUCUCACUAAACAAACAAAUACCACCAUCAAACUACUUCCUUUUUCUACAAGUUUAGUUUGUUUUCAAUUACUUCUCGAUUGAUUACACAAACAUGGUCGUCAAAGAAUCUCUCCAUCUGUUAGAAGAAAACACAAACUUCCAAGAUCCACAUGAAGAUGAAGAAGAAGAAGAAGCACUUUCUCUUUGUGAUCUUCCUAUUCACGACGAUUCAUUCAAAUGGGAAGAUGAAUCUUUCUCUAAGCUAGAUCAUGAAAGAAGCCCUUCGUUCGGAAAAGACGAUUUCUUCGAAUUCUUCAGCGAAGAUUUCACAGCUUCAACUUAUCCAUCAGGCAAAGACAUCAUUUUCUGUGGUAAACUCAUUCCUUACAAAGAACCUCCUCUUCUUCCUGAUCAUCAUCAUCAUCAUCAACAACAACAAACUCAGAAUCAUCAUCAUCAUCGUCAUCAUCAUCACCAAACCAGCAACAAACGCAUCAAGAAUAAAGGGUUUCAAUGGAAAUCAUACUCUUUCCGCAAACUAGUCAUAAAAUUUUCUUCCAAAGAUUCCAAAAAUGGCGAAAACUACAACUGCUCCAAACCCAAAAAAGUUCUUAAAAACUCGAAGACUUUGCCACUUCCCAACAACAAGUCGUCGAAUAAGAACUUUGUCUACAAAACAAGCAAGAGUGAUCUUUCACUAGGGAAAGUGUCGGUACUUUCGUCUCCGGCGAAGUCGAGGUGGCAUUUGUUUAUGUUCGGGAUAGCGAGGUUGCCGACGGAGAUGGAGCUUAGAGACAUAAAGACGAGGCAGAGCCGGAGAAGUCCGUCGGCGACGAUGUUCUCUUCGUUCGAAGAGAGUCGUGGUGAUCACCAUGAGGAAACCGUUAAAGAAAAGGUUGUGAGAGGGAAGAGAAGAGGGAAAGGUUUGUGGGCUUUGAUUAGAGCAUUAGGUUGCACUAGCUCUCUGUAUACAAACGCCGUCGUUAAAGGGUCCUUUGGUUACGAUAUGCCAGAGGUUCGUGAGAGAGUUUGAGGGAAAAUGAGAGAGAGAGAGAGAGAGAGAGAGAGAGAGAGAGAGAGAGAGAGAUCAGCUUGACAUAAUUGACUGCAAUUUUGUACACUUGCCAUUCGCAGCCAGCACUUUUGGAUGAUAUAUUUGAAAAGGGAAUAAUAAAAUUAUGUAUGAUUGGGAUUUGGGUGGAAAUGAAGACAAGUAGAGCUUUAUGCUAUUUGAUUUUCCUUUUUCUAUGUAUAGUGAUUAACAUUAAAUUAUGCAACUUUAUGAUUUCCUAUGUA